AUGGAAGGUUGGUCCAAUCCCGUCAUCUUCCCCAGCGGACCUCACCUGGUGGUUCCGAAAGGCGGGGCUCUGGAACUCCGCUGCCAUGACAACAACACCAACGCUCCGUCCACUGUUGUCUCAGGGGGGGUGAGGUGGCAGAGAGAGAGGGGCAGGCGGCUGGAGGGGGAGGUAGAGGAGGGAGGAGGGGUAGUGUUUGUUCGGGUGCAGUCUGCCCAGGGAUAUCACAUGGGACGAUACGCCUGUAUCAACAACAACACCAAGGAACACUCCUCCAUCUACGUCUUUGUGAAAGACCCCCAGAGUCCAUUUCAGCGUUCUAUGGUGAACGGCAUUCUGGUCCGCAUCGGGGAGAACCUGACUUUACCAUGCCUGGUCACCGACCCUGAUGUGACCCUCGUGACCUUACAGACCUGUGACUUACAACCUUUACCCUCCGACCUCCGUUACCACUACGACCCCCAGCGCGGCGUCAUCGUCGGCAACGCCAGGAAGGAGUACGAUGGUUGCUACGUAUGCUUGGGCGAGCUGGCAGGUGUCACCGUGAGGUCGAGCCAGUAUACUGUGGACGUACGGCUAGUGCCUGAACAGCCUCCAGUCAUCAGUCUGUCCCAGAGACAGAGGGUGAUCCUGAGGAGAGGAGAGCAGUUUGAGAUCACCUGCAGCUCCUCCAACCUCAACCCUGACUUCAGCAUUAAGUGGGACUUCCCCGUUGGAGCGCGUGCCUUCCAGGCCCACACCUCCCACAUCCUGGCUGGUUCCCGUGGUUACCAACGCUCCGCCUCCCUCUGGAUCACCUCUGUCAACCAAUCAGACGCCGGGACAUACCGGUGCCACGCCCACAACGAGAAGGGCGCCACCGCCGAUACCCUGCACCUGGAUAUCCGUGAGCGAGGCUUCAUCAGUAUGCUGGGUGACUCCCGGCCUAGCCAGUCUGCUGUCAGAGAAGGGGAGAGCCUAAGCCUCAGGGUAGAGUUGGAGUCCUACCCCAGACCCGGCACUCUGUCCUGGGCUUACAACGGCAAGACCCUCCACAACACCACGGAGCACGUCAUCACUGUCCAACGACACAGAUACAGGUACGUCAGUGAACUGCGUUUGGUGAGGGUCCAUGGGUCAGAGGGCGGGAUUUACAGCUUCCAAGCCAAUCAUGAGGAUGCCUCUGUCAAUCAAUCAUUCCCUGUCUAUGUGAACAGUAAGCCUGUCAUAAUUUCCCAGGAGGGACCAGUUGAUGGACAGGUGCGCUGCGUUGCCGCCGGUUACCCGGCCCCUAAAAUCACCUGGUUCUACUGUGAACUCCCCCACACACGGUGUUCCCACCUGACCAACGCCAGCCAAUGGGAGCAGCGGGAGGUUGCCACGGUAACGGUGUCAGACUCGGCCUUCGGCAGCAGCGAGGUGGAGAGCCGACUGAACGUCACGAAGGGAGACACACACACACACUACCACACGUUGGAGUGUGUAGCGACCGUGCAGGGCGAGCAGGCUUACACACUGUUCUCCAUCAGCGAGCGCACCGUGCCCCAUAAGCUCUUCACCCCUCUGCUGACUGGUGUGGUUGUUACAGCUGUAAUACUGAGCAUCACACUGGUGGUUCUCCUCUACAAAUACCUUCAGAAGCCCAAGUUCCAGAUUCAGUGGAAGGUGAUUGACAGUAUCCACGGCAACAACUACAUCGACCCCACCCAGCUGCCCUACGACCCCAAGUGGGAAUUUCCCCGGCAGAAACUACGCUUUGGUAAGACCCUGGGUUCAGGGGCCUUUGGUAAGGUAGUGAGAGCUACAGCCUAUGGACUCUGUUCUGCUGAUACCGUCAUGACUGUCGCUGUCAAGAUGCUUAAACCGAGCGCCCACUCCACCGAGAAGGAGGCUCUGAUGUCGGAGUUGAAGGUUCUCAGUUACCUAGGCAACCACGUCAACAUCGUCAACCUGCUGGGAGCUUGCACUGUGGGAGGGCCGACGCUGGUGAUCACAGAGUACUGUUGCUAUGGAGAUCUGCUCAACUUUCUGCGUAGGAAGAGAGAGACGUUCUUCAGCGCCCAGACUGCUGAUGGGUACUACCGCAACAUCAACAACCCCCGAGAACCACAGAGAGAUGGGAACGGUAGCAGUUACAUGCCUAUGCGUUCGUCUGAGACAGACAGAACAUCCUCCCAGUGGUGUCUGAGUAUAGAUGAGUUGUCUGUGGACACAGAGGAUCUACUGAGCUUCUCCUACCAGGUGGCUAAGGGCAUGGAGUACAUCACCUCUAAGAAUUGUAUCCACAGAGACCUAGCAGCCAGGAACAUUCUGCUGACUCAGGGUAGAGUAGCCAAGAUCUGUGACUUCGGACUGGCCCGAGACAUCACCACCGACUCUAACUACGUCCUCAGAGGCAAUGCCCGUCUCCCAGUGAAGUGGAUGUCUCCAGAGAGUAUCUUUGACGGUGUUUACACCUUGGAGAGUGAUGUCUGGUCAUACGGUAUCCUGCUCUGGGAAAUAUUCUCUUUAGGCAGCAGUCCGUACCCUGGUAUGCAGGUGGGCUCAGCGUUCUACAGGAUGAUCCAGGAAGGACACAGAAUGAACAGACCUGAUGUGGCUCCCAGAGAAAUUUAUGACAUGAUGUUGUCUUGCUGGAGUGAGGACCCUCUGAAGAGACCUUCCUUUGGGAAACUAGUCGAGAGGACUGAACUGCUGCUGUCAGAACACACCAAGAACGUGUACCUGAACCUGAGCUAUGGAGUCGUUCCUCCAGACCAGCAGAGGGCAGCGUCUCACAGACUGAGCUCAGUGAGCAGCACUACGGCCCCGACACAACCACUACUGCUGAAUACUGCUGAUGUGUUUCUGGACUACGACACUGUCUGA